AUGGGGGCUUGUCAAACAUUGACCGUUUUGUUAACCAUACUGGCAACUAGAGAAACAACAACAACUGAAGGUACAACGGCAACCACAGCAUUAACAACAACUGAAGGUUCAACUGCAACUACAGAAACAACAGCAACUGAAGGUUCAACUGCAACUACAGCAUCUGAAGCAAUUACAGCAUCAACAACAGUUGAAGGCUCAACUGCAACAAAUGCAGCUACAGCAUUAACAACAACUGAAGGUUCACCUGAAACUACAGAAACGACAGCAUCAACAACAACUGAAGGUACAACUCCAACUACAGUAUCUGAAGAAACUACAGCAUCAACAACAACUGAAGGUUCAACUACAGCUACAGCAUCAUCAACAACAGAAACUUCAACUGCAACUACAGAAACAACAGCAACUAUAGCAUCAACAACAGCUGAAGGUUCAACUGCAACUACAGUUUCUGAAGAAACUACAGUAUCAACAACAACUGAAGGUACAACAGUCACUACAGCACAAACAACAACUGAAGGUUCAACUGCAACUACAGAAACAACAGUAACAACAGCAACAACAGCAACUACAGCAAGUACAGCAUUAACAACAACUGAAGGCUCAACUGCAACUACAGAAACGACAGCAACUACAGCAUCAACAACAACUGAAGGUACAACUGAAACUGCAGAAACAACAGCAACUACAGCAUCAACAAUAGCUGAAGGUUCAACUGCAACCACAGAAACAACAGCAACCACAGCCUUAACAACAAUUGAAGAAACAACAGCAACUACAGCAUUAACAACAACUGAAGGUACAACACAAACCACAGCCUCAACAACAACUGAAGGUACAACUGCAACUCCAGCAGCUACAGCAUCAACAACAAGUGAAGGUACAACAGCAACCACAGCACAAACAACAACUGAAGGUUCAACUGCAACUACAGAAACAACAGCAAAAACAACAGCAACUACAGCAUCAACAAUAACUGAAGGUUCAACUGCAACUACAGAAAGCACAACAACCACAGCCUUAACAACAACUGAAGGUACCACGGCAACAACAGCCUUAACAACAACUGAAGGCACAACAGCAACUACACCAUCAACAACUACUGAAGGUACAACUGAAACUACAGAAACAACAGCAACUUCAGCUUCAACAACAACUGAAGGUUUAACAGCAAGUACAGAAACGACAGCAACUACAGAAUCAACAACAACGGAAGGUACAACUGCAACUACAGCAGCUACAGCAUCAACAACAAGUGAAGGUACAACAGCAACCACAGCCUUAACAACAACUGAAGGUACAACACAAACCACAGCCUCAACAACAACUGAAGGUACAACUGCAACAAAUGCAGCUACAGCAUCAACAACAACUGAAGGUACCACGGCAACAACAGCCUUAACAACAACUGAAGGCACAACAGCAACUACACCAUCAACAACUACUGAAGGUACAACUGAAACUACAGAAACAACAGCAACUUCAGCAACAACAAUAGCUGAAGGUUCAACUGCAACUACAGAAACAACAGCAACCACAGCAUUAACAACAACUGAAGGUACCACGGCAACAACAGCCUCAACAACAACUGAAGGCACAACAGCAACUACACCAUCAACAACUACUGAAGGUACAACUGAAACUACAGAAACAACAGCAACUUCAGCUUCAACAACAACUGAAGGUUUAACAGAGACUACAGAAACGACAGCAAAUACAGAAUCAACAACAACGGAAGGUACAACUGCAACUACAGCAGCUACAGCAUCAACAACAAGUGAAGGUACAACAGCAACCACAGCCUUAACAACAACUGAAGGUACAACACAAACCACAGCCUUAACAACAACUGAAGGUACCACGGCAACAACAGCCUUAACAACAACUGAAGGCACAACAGCAACUACACCAUCAACAACUACUGAAGGUACAACUGAAACUACAGAAACAACAGCAACUUCAGCUUCAACAACAACUGAAGGUUUAAUAGCAACUACAGAAACGACAGCAACUACAGAAUCAACAACAACGGAAGGUACAACUGCAACUACAGCAGCUACAGCAUCAACAACAAGUGAAGGUACAACAGCAACCACAGCCUUAACAACAACUGAAGGUACAACACAAACCACAGCCUCAACAACAACUGAAGGUACAACUGCAACAAAUGCAGCUACAGCAUCAACAACAACUGAAGCAUCAACAACAACUGAAGGUACAACGGCAACCACAGCCUUAACAACAACUGAAGGUUCAACUGAAAGUACAGAAACAACUGCAACCACAGAAACAACAGCAACUACAGCAUUAACAACAACUGAAGGUACAACACAAACCACAGCCUCAACAACAACUGAAGGUACAACUGCAACAAAUGCAGCUACAGCAUCAACAACAAGUGAAGGUACAACAGCAACCACAGCCUUAACAACAACUGAAGGUACAACAGCAACUACACCAUCAACAACUCCUGAAGGUACAACUGCAACUACAGAAACCACAGCAACUACAGAAACAACAACAACUGAAGGUUCAAUGGCAACCACAGCAUUAACAACAACUGAAGGUUCAACUGCAACUACAGAAACAAAGGCAACAACAGUUUCUGAAGCAACUACAGCAUCACCAACAACUGAAGGUUCAACUGCAACUACAGCAUCAACAACAACUGAAGGUACAACAGUCACUACAGCACGAACAACAACUGAAGUUUCAACUGAAACUGCAGAAACAACAGCAAGUACAGCAUCAACAACAACUGAAGGUUCAACUGCAACUACUGAAACAACAGCAACUGCAGCAUCAACAACAACUCAAGGUACAACUGCAACUCCAGCAGCUACAGCAUCAACAACAAGUGAAGAUUCAACAGCAACUGCAGAAACAACAACUACUGAAGGUACAACUGAAACUACAGAAAGAACAGCAACUAUAGCAUCAACGACAAGUGAAGGUUCAACUGCAACUACAGAAACAACAGCAACUACAGAAACAACAACAACUGAAGGUACAACGGCAACAUCAGCAUUAACAACAACUGAAGGUACAACGGCAACAUCAGCAUUAACAACAACUGAAGGUUCAACUGCAACUACAGCAUCAACAACUACUGAAGGUACAACUGAAACUACAGAAACAACAGUAACUUCAGCAUCAAGAACAACUGAAGGUUCAACUGCAACUACAGAAACAACAGCAACUACAGCAUUAACAACAACUGAUGGUACAACAGAAACCACAGCCUCAACAACAACUGAAGGUACAACUGCAACAAAUGCAGCUACAGCAUCAACAACAACUGAAGGUACAAUGGCAACCACAGCCUUAACAACAACUGAGGGCACAACAGCAACUAGACCAUCAACAACUACUGAAGGUACAACUGAAACUACAGAAACAACAACAGUUUCUGGAGGUACAACAGCAACCACAGCAUUAACAACAACUGAAGGUUCAACUGCAACUACAGAAACAAAGGCAACAACAGUUUCUGAAGCAACUACAGAAUCAACAACAACGGAAGGUACAACUGCAACUACAGCAAGAACAAUAACUACAGCAACAACAACAACUGAAGUUUCAACUGCAACUACAGAGACAACAGCAAUUGCAGCUUUAAAAACUGAAGUUUCAAGUGCAACUACAGCAACAACAACGGCUACAACAGCAGCAGCA